GGGGCCGGCGAAUUGCGGCCCGGAACGGCUGGGGCGGGUCCCGGGGGCGCCAUGGAGCCCCGGGCGGUUGCAGCAGCCGUGGAGACGGGGAAGGAGGAUGUGAUUAUGGAAGCUCUGCGGUCGUACAACCAGGAGCACUCCCAGAGCUUCACGUUUGAUGACACCCAGCAGGCGGACCGGAAGAGACUGGCGGAGCUGCUGGUCUCCGUCCUGGAACAGGGCUUGCCACCCUCCCACCGUGUCACCUGGCUGCAGAGUGUCCGAAUCCUGUCCCGGGACCGCAACUGCUGGGACCCGUUCACCAGCCGCCAGAGCAUGCAGGCACUGGCCACCCAUGCUGGCAUCUCUGUCUCCGAGGGCUCCGUCCCUGAGUCCGCAGACAUGGAUGUUGUUCUGGAGUCCCUCAAGUGCCUGUGCAACCUCGUGCUCAGCAGCCCUGUGGCACAGACGCUGGCAGCGGAGGCCCGCCUAGUGGUGAAGCUCACAGAGCGCGUGGGGCUAUACCGAGUGAGGACCUUCCCGCACGACGUCCAGUUCUUUGACUUGCGGCUCCUCUUCCUGCUGACUGCACUCCGCACCGAUGUGCGCCAGCAGCUGUUUCAGGAACUGAAAGGAGUGAGUCUGCUGACGGACACGCUGGAACUGACGCUGGGGGUGACUCCCGAAGGGAACCCACCCAAGCUCCUUCCUUCCCAAGAGACUGAGCGGGCCAUGGAGAUCCUCAAAGUGCUCUUCAACAUCACCCUCGACUCCAUCAAGGGGGAGGUGGACGAGGAAGAUGCUGCCCUUUACCAGCACCUGGGGGUCCUUCUCCGGCACUGUGUGAUGAUUACUACUGCUGGAGACCGCACAGAGGAGUUCCACGGCCAUGCAGUGAACCUCUUGGGGAACUUGCCCCUCAAGUGUCUGGAUGUUCUCCUCACCCUGGAGCCACACGAAGACUCCGUGGAGUUCAUGGGAGUGAAUAUGGAUGUGAUUCGUGCCCUCCUCAUCUUCCUAGAGAAGCGUUUGCACCAGACACACAGGCUGAAAGAGAGCGUAGCUCCUGUGCUAAACGUGCUGACUGAGUGUGCCCGGAUGCACCGCCCAGCCAGGAAGUUCCUGAAGGCCCAGGUGCUGCCCCCUCUGCGGGAUGUGAGGACACGGCCCGAGGUUGGGGAGAUGCUUCGGAACAAGCUUGUCCGCCUCAUGACGCACCUGGACACAGACGUGAAGAGAGUGGCUGCCGAGUUCUUGUUUGUCCUGUGCUCUGAGAGUGUGCCCCGAUUUAUCAAGUACACGGGCUAUGGGAAUGCUGCUGGCCUUCUGGCUGCCAGGGGCCUCAUGGCGGGAGGCCGGCCCGAGGGCCAGUACUCGGAAGAUGAGGACACAGACACAGAUGAGUACAAGGAAGCGAAGGCCAGCAUAAACCCGGUGACCGGGAGGGUGGAGGAGAAGCCGCCUAACCCUAUGGAGGGCAUGACGGAGGAACAGAAGGAGCAUGAGGCCAUGAAGCUGGUGACCAUGUUUGACAGGCUCUCCAGGAACAGAGUCAUCCAGCCAAUGGGGAUGAGUCCCCGGGGUCACCUUACGUCCCUGCAGGACGCCAUGUGCGAGACUAUGGAGGAGCAGCUCUCCUCGGACCCUGACUCAGACCCUGACUGAGGAUGGCAGCUCUUCUGCUCCCGUCAGAACUGGUGCUGCUUCCAGAGACUCCCUGGGGCUGUAACCUGGGAGAAGCCACAUCCCCUGGGCCCACGCCCCUCUCUCCAUCUUGGAAACCCUUUCUCUUUACUCCCCAGGUUCUGUUCACGAUUUGCCCCUGGUUCAGUUUAUCUCAGGACUGCAGUGGUCUUGUGCAAGAACGAACGGCUCAGCCUUGAAUUCUGCAGGCAAAGUACUUUCUUUUGUCUGCGCCAAGAGGAAUGUGUGUAGAGGCUGCUGCCUGAGGGCAGGGCCUACCUGGGCAUACAGAAGAGCGUGCAUAUGGGAGGGCAGGGGGAUGGGCGUGGGUGUGCACAGAGCAAGCACAUCUGAGAUUGGCAUGCGGGCCAGAGCCGCUGUGUUGAGGGAUGUGCUGCACUUCACAGGGAGAAAGAACCUGUCAGAACUUUACGUACAAGUGUGUCAGAACGCACACUCCAAGGUGUGCUCUGUGGUUUCUGUCCUGUCUUCACUGGGUGCAGGGCUGGAGGCCUCCCAGGUGUUCUCCUUGGUCCUUGUUGAGCUGCCCACUGUAGUAUCCACAGUGCCCAAGUUCUCGCUGGUUCUGGCAAUUAAAUCUCAAUCCUUCCCACUGGCUUAGACUAGACUUAGGAGGAUGCCCCUCAUGUGACCACAGUUUGAGAUUUAUACCAUGUACCGCACAUAGACACAGAAACAUCAUCCUGAAAUAAAGAGUUCUGAGCAAAAAUA